AUGAUGAGUUCACCGCAUCAACAACAACAACCAGAGCAGCAGCAGCAGCAGCAGCAGCCAAACACAUCCACUACUACUACAUCCACACCUUUUAUCGACCCAUCAUCUGUCAUGGUUGCAGCAGCAGCUUACUCUGCUGCAGGUCUUCCUCCGCUGUCACAUUUGUUACUGCCAGACCAACAACAGCAGCAACAGCAACCACUUCAACAACCACCCACACCACAACAUACACCUACCCCUACCAUGUCAUCUUGUGCUUUUUAUUACCCUUCUCCUCCUCAAGAACCAGAGAACAACAAGGCUUAUUCAUUUGUACCUGGUGCUACACAAAAGAAGCGUCCUCGUCGUAAAUACCAUGAAAUCGAAAGACUUUACCCUUGCAGUUAUCCAGGCUGCUCUAAAAGCUAUGGCACGCUCAAUCAUCUCAACGCCCAUGUUGCCAUGCAAAAACACGGCCCUAAGCGAUUGCCAGCCGAGUUUAAAGAAAUGCGCAAACAGUGGCGUAAGCAAAAACGUGAGCAAAAGGCAGCUCAACAACAGCAGCAACAACUACAGCAACAACAACUACAACAAGUGGUAGCAAAUACAAUUGUCGGCAGCACAGCAGGUGGUGGUGGCGGCAAUAUGAGUCAAAGUGGUGUUGGAGGAGGAGGAGGAGCACAUCAAGGAGCCGUUGCUGUUAGUGAUGUAAGCGCUGCAGCUGCAGCUGCCGCGUUCCUGGUCCCUCAAACAUCAUUUUUGCCAUCAUGGCAACAGCAGCAAACGUUGAUGGUGGGUCCAACCCAUGAAUUGCUCCAUCCUUUUUGA